AAAAAAAAUGUCCGUGAGUGUGAGUAAACAAAACCCACUGAACGACUGAGCUCCUCCACUUUCUAGAGAAGGAGGAGAAUUAUUUUCUUUUUUUAAGUCUUUCUUCUUCUUCAUCUUUCUCUCAUUCUCUUUCAAACCCCAAAAAUCCUUCCAAACAACGUCUUUUGUAACCCUAAGCACAGACAAUCUCGAUUUCAGCAGUUUUUAUUUACUCCUAAAUGAAAUAUCUUACUAUAACCUACUAAUCAGAAUCACAGCUUCUUUCUUCUUCGGGAUUUUGGAAAAAAGAUCAUGGCGAAUAAUCAAGGAGAUGGAACAACAAAUGAAGAUUAUUUUGAGCAGAUCUUAGCAAAUCCAUCUUUUUAUGUCAACCAAACAAGUUCUGAAACAGCUAGAUUAAUGGCUAUGCAGUUGAGUUCUAGUGGUGGUGGUGGUGGUGAAGGUUCAUCAGGUCAUCAUCUAGUAUCAGCUGAAAAUGGAGUAGGUUUUCAAGAAAUAGGGUUCAGGUUAGAACAACAACAGCAGCAACAAGGGAUUAAAUUACCAGAUGAAACCCCACUAGGGUUAAGAUUGGAACAGCAGAUGCCAACAACAUCAAAUGGUUUUGAUAGGUUUGGUCAUCAAACUUCUUCUUCUGGUCAUCAUACUCAUCCUCAUCAGCAUAACAACGAAAGAGAACCCAUGCAUUUGACAAGUUUGUUUCCUGCAUUCGAACAUGUACAACCUCAUUCGGUUAGGCCUGCCGCUUCUCAGCCUUUACAUGCACAUCAAACAUCCACCACUGGUGCUGCUGCUCCACACCCACCUGCCUUCCGCCCUAGGGUGAGAGCAAGACGUGGACAGGCUACUGAUCCCCAUAGUAUUGCCGAGCGGCUUCGUAGAGAAAGGAUAGCUGAAAGAAUGAAGGCUCUGCAAGAACUUGUUCCUAGCUUCAGCAAGACUGAUAAAGCAACCAUGCUUGAUGAAGUAGUGGAUUAUGUGAAGUUUCUAAGGCUCCAGGUCAAGGUAUUGAGCAUGAGUCGGCUAGGAGGGGCUGGUGCGGUUGCUCAGCUUGUAUCUGAUGUCCCACUACCAUCAGUUGAGGGAGAAGACUUGGAUGGAACUAACCAGGCAAGAGAGAAAUGGUCAAGCAAUGAGACAGAAGAACAAGUAGCGAAGCUCAUGGAAAAAGACGUUGGAACUGCCAUGCAAUUCCUCCAAUCAAAGGCACUCUGCAUCAUGCCCAUUUCACUCGCUGCAGCUAUUUACCCUAUUUACCAACCUGAUUCACCUUCCUCACUUGUCAAGCCUGAAUGAAUUACUGUUCCUUAAACUCGACAUUGAGUAAUAGCUGUGCACGUGCCCCACCAAUUACUCCCAAAUCAACACGCCCUACCAAGUAGGAUUAGGUUCACUCUUAAGACUUACCCAGUAGUGUUUGAUGGUACUUACAUGAGCUGUAUCUAAGUUUCUAACAUGUAAUCUGAGUCAGAUCCCAUGUUUAAUUCUGACCUACUUCUGUUUUCUAUUCUGGGCUUCUCUUUUUUGUCAAAUGGGAUGUUAGGGAAGAAGGCUAGAGAAAAUGAUUUUCAGAUACUUUAUGGUCUGCUGUAUUUGAGUGAAGUAAUGAUUGUCAAAUGUGUCUCACCAACUAUGUAAUAAUACUUAUUUUGGUAAUGGCUUCCAUGACGGUCUAAUUGGUAGUCAUGGAUUCUUGUAAAAACUGAAGUUCACAUAUAAAUAGAUGUUUGUAUUUUGGUUGCCCAGAAAAA